AUGCAUAUCCUCCCUCUCCUCUACAUCUUCCUCCCCUUCCUAGUCUUCACACCCGCCACCACUCUCUCAACCACUGAAAGCGAAAUCCCCCUCCAAACAACCAAACCCACUCAACCCACUCAACGCAUCCAAACAAUCGCACAAAGCACCAACCCCGCAUCAUCACCCCCCUCUCAAACCCAAACCCAAACCCCCCUCCAAAGCACCUCCACCCCCCUCUCCUCAGGAACCUACCUCCCCCCCACGCGCCUCACCUCCCAAACCAAAUCCACCCUCGCCCCCAACUCCACCGCAUCACUCAUCCUCACCCCCACAACCUCCUCCUCCAACGCCUUCGAAUCCGACUGGGACAAAGUAACCAACUGGCUGAGCGGCAGCGGCGCGUCUUCCCUCGACCCCGCAUCUCCCUACUGGGGAGCGUGGGUUGUUAUCGGAGUUGGGGUGGCUUGGGGAGGUUGGUGA